AUGAAUGCACUUCGUGAAAAUGAAGGACUCCUACACUCAUACGUUAGUACACUCGUUUAUGUUGAUGAAAGUAUUCCGGGGCCCUCGGACGAGUCUGAAGAUUACAAAAACAUAUUGAGCGAAUAUAACUCCCAGGUAACACACUCAUGUGAUUGCAGUAAAUGUGUCGAUACAUCCUGCAAGUGCUUACAACAAUCAGGGGGUGUUCAAAAUUAUAUCUUAGACGGUAAAGGAAACAUUGGGGCUUAUAAAUUGAAUACAAUAUUCGAUGUAAAUUCAGGCUUCAUUAAAGAAUGUAAUGAUCUUUGUUCAUGCUCCGAAUACUGUGGAAAUCGUCUGGUUCAAAAAGGCCCGAUAGACUGUCUUAUGGUCCAAAGCUGUAAAAAUAGUUUAAAAGGUUUAGGUUUAAUCACAUGUCAGGCUAUACACAGAGGUACAUUUAUAUGUGAAUACGCUGGAGAAUUACUAACGAGGGAUCAGGCUAUAUUCCGUAAUAAUCUUAAUCAACAAUCUGGUAAAAUGAAUUACAUAUUUUGUUUACAAGAACACUGUAAUGGUAAAACCUUACAAACCUUCAUCGAUCCCAGCUAUAUUGGCAAUAUUGGGCGGUAUAUAAACCACAGCUGUGAGCCUAAUUGUAAAAUUAUUCCCGUUAGGGUAAAUUCUAUGAUUCCAAAACUAGCUAUAUUCAGUAGCGAAGAUAUUUUGCCAGGAACUGAACUGACAUUUGACUAUGGUUGUACCAGCAACAUUUUUGAUACUGAACAAAAUGUUUGUAGAAAAGUGUGUCUAUGUGGGAGUCCAAGCUGUAGGGGUAUAAUGCCAUUUAAUACUUACUGAAUUUUUAUGUAGUUUAAUAAUAAAUUUAUUAUUGUGACAUCAA